AUGAGCACCAGCGCGGCCGGGGCGAAGCACGUCGACGGAAUCGGCACGCUCACCUACCAGCGCGCGCUGGACAUUGCCCGCAACACCGAAGGCGACUUGAAUGUUUCCAUAAGCAACUACCUCGAAGACCCGCUCGCCAUCAUCUGGACUCGCAUCUGCACCGAGCCCACCACGUGUCUCCUGACCAAGGCCGAGUUUGCCGUCUUCAACUUCUUCGUGCAACGCUUCGAGGGCAACGCCCUGGCCAUUGAGGCCAUUACGCGAUACUGGUGGACUGUUACAUCGGAGUCUGGCGACGACUAG